AUGCGAAGCAAGCAACAGGCUACAUACUGGUUAGCUCGAGACCUGGGCCAGCACGACCUCAAGACUCUUUUCGCUCUCCCUUCCAGCAUGCCUGGAGACAGCCCUAUGCCUCUUGGCGCCCUGCUCGGGCCGCGUCUGUCACCAAGUAACUCCGUGCCUGUGAGCCUAGUGUGCUACAUAGCUAUCUACCCCAAGUACGUACACAGUCCAGCUGCCACUCAAUCACCCGUCGUCUUUGUCGUCGGCCUUCUUCGGGAAGCCCUGCUGCACACUGACUUGCACUGGGAGCUUGCGAAUGCGAAAGUGCGAACUGCGUCUUCUGCUGCUACUGGUGGUGGUGGUGGUGGUGGUGCUUGGUGGGUAGGCUAA